UAUAAAACUGAAAAAGUUAGCAUCGUUGUGAUUGCAUUUGUUGUUGGGGGGAAAGGACUUGUUCAAGUCUUCUCAUGGCUUUUGCUUUGCGUGGACUAGUUGGUUUCGCGAAUCGUGCCAAUGCCUUGAAACAAGGUUACAGGUUUUUGUCUCUUGCAAGAAGUUUGGAAAGGAACGGAGAAAUGGGAUUGCGAUUGGUCUCUUCUUCCAACCCAAGAGCCGGACAGUGGAGCAACAAUUCCAUUCAAAGUUUGUUAAGUCGUUAUUUAAGUGAUAGUGUGGUUGAGGGUGGUAAAAGACAAACUGAAGUUGCCACUGGAAGAAGCUCCACUUCCACAGCUAUUCCCAUGGGUUAUGCCGAUGAAUAUUUUCAUCACGUUCAUCGUUGGCGUCCAGGUGAUCCAAGCAAGCGAACAGUAGUGUAUUUGUGGUUGGGUAUUUGCAAAUUCAUCACAGCUUGUAUUGCUCGUGUAGUAAUCUUAUGCUUCAUAUACACUAUGAUGCCCUCGGCAGAUGUACUGGCAGAAGCUUCAACAGAAGUCAGCUUGGACAGUGUUCCAGAAGGAUCCACUGUUUCUGUGAAGUGGAGAGGAAAGCCAGUAUUUAUUAGACAUCGUUCGGAAGCAGAUAUUGCAAAGGCUAAACAAGAUGAUCAUGCAGAUUUACGGGACCCUCAACUUGAUGAGAGUAGAGUAGAGGAUCCUCAUUGGUUGGUAGUUAUUGGCAUUUGUACGCAUCUUGGUUGUAUCCCUAUAGCUGAUGCUGGAGACUAUGGUGGUUGGUUCUGUCCUUGUCAUGGCUCACAUUAUGAUGUUAGUGGCCGUAUUCGAAAAGGACCUGCUCCUUCCAACUUGGAAAUUCCACCUUACAAGUUUACAGAGGAUGGAAAAAUGAUAAUCGGAUAGUGAAUGUUUUUUUCUUCUAAUAUAAAAUUUUUUUGUGUGAGAUUGUACAAGGAUUGAG